AAAAAAAAUAAAAAAAAUAAACAAAUAAAAAUUCAUGCAUCGCUCACAGCAGACGCUUAAGAUGAACAUAGACUCACUUGACGUCUGUCAAGCUAUCCUUUCUAUUCCCAACACGAGCUAUCUCUUUCAUCCCUUUGCUAGCCCUUUCUUUUUUUUAAGGGGGGAAAGCCCCAGACUGAAAAGGGACCUGAAAGAAAGAAUAAAAAAAAAAGAGAGUCACAUGCAUUGACGAACGCAAAAAAGAAGUUGACCCCUCGUUUGUUUCCUUCCACUGCUUUUCAAUCAACGGAAAUGGAAACGAAAAAGAGAUCGGCUGACAAAGUAGACUUAGCAUCCUCCAACGGCAGAAUCGCUGAAGAGCCACCCGCCAAAAAGGCCCACCAUUCCUCAUCAGCUUACGGGAGCAAUCACUAUCGCGAGCCAUCCAUUUUUGGUAUCAAACCUGUCGAUGAUAUGACAAAAUAUGUGGCAGAGUUUAUCGGUAAAUAUUGCCAUCUGGAGAAUGUCGAAAUCGAAGCCAAGUUGGGUAUCUUUGUCGAUAAACAGACAGGUCAGAGAAUCGAUAUGGACGCCUAUACAGAAACAGUGAUCCCGUCUGGACAUAUGAGACAGUACCGCUUCGAAUCCAAUAUGCCUUUAGAACAGCACCGACACUACAACAAGAUAUUAAACGACAUGGUGAAUAAAACACAAGCAAGAGAUUAUAGGGGCGAACGUAUCAAGUAUAAACAUACCAUGGAAACAGACCGAUUUUACAUUAUACCCAAUUCUAAAUCCAAAAUAAGAGUCUCCACAGAACAAUCGACAAACCAAAUUGUACCUAAUGGUAUUGUGGAAAAAGAACGUGUGGCAGAUCUGAAUAUUCACGCACCCAAUCAACCUUUAGACUAUCGCAUUUCUAUCAAUAUCGAACAUCCUCGUACAAAACCUGAAUCUCCUCCCGUGUUUGAAAGGAACAAAGACCGUAUCUCGUAUCAACACGGAGGCAUUCACUUUGAUCUCACUCAAGUCAAAGGUGCCAAUGUCGACCAAGACCCAACAGACCUUCGUCAUGAAUUGGAGUUGGAAUUUGCUGACGCGACCUUACUUCAGCAAGAAAAAUCGAAAUAUGACAGAAAGGAAUCUUCUCAAUAUACACCCAUGAUUGAAGUCUUUAUGAACAAUAUCAGGAUUCUGAGUCGAAGUGCUUUGAAAACUAUCCAUCCAAAAUAGUACAGAUCUAUUCUCAUGGGCAAAAGAGACGUGGGAUGGGGGUGGUCGGGGUGCCUGUACAUAGUAAGAGAGGAGUUUUUUCCAUUAAAAAAGAUGAGAAAAAAAACAAAAACCAAAAACAACCAGAGUAGGUCAUACGACAAAUAAAGCACACACUUUUUUUUUUUUUUUAUUUU